GCGGGACUUAGCACUUUUUGAAGCACAUGAUGAAGAAGCAUUGAAAAGCGUGGAUAUUGAAGAUUUGAGUUUGUCCAUGGUACGGCUGUUUCAGCGGUAGCCCUGUUAAUCAACCUGUUCCUACUACAACCUUACACUGUUACUGUGAACAUGUCAUCCUCCUCCGAAAUGGCACUCCUGAGUGUAUCAGAUAAAAGUGGGCUCCUGGAGUUUGCCAAAAGGCUGGUGGACGUGGGCUUGUGUCUGGUAGCCUCAGGUGGGACUGCCAAAGCUCUGCGUGAUGCUGGCCUGGCUGUCAGGGACGUGUCUGAGCUGACUGGACAUCCAGAAAUGCUGGGAGGCCGUGUGAAGACGCUCCAUCCCGCAGUCCAUGGAGGCAUCCUUGCCAGGAGGACCUCCAGUGACACUGCAGACAUGGACAAGCUGGGCUACAGUCUGGUCAGGGUGGUUGUGUGCAACCUCUACCCGUUUGUCAAGACAGUAUCCAACCCGGAUGUUAAAGUGGAAGACGCAGUGGAGCAGAUCGAUAUUGGUGGUGUAACUUUGCUGAGAGCCGCAGCUAAGAAUCAUGCACGGGUCACAAUUGUAUGUGACCCUGCUGAUUAUUCACUGGUUGCUACGGAGAUGGAGAACUCAGGAGACAAAGAUACAACACUGGAAACACGCAGGACUCUAGCUCUCAAAGCUUUCACACACACAGCCCAGUAUGAUGAAGCCAUAUCGGAUUACUUCCGUGGACAGUACAGCCGCGGCGUUUCCCAGCUGCCCCUCCGUUAUGGCAUGAACCCCCACCAAGCACCCGCCCAGCUCUACACGUUACACCCAAGCCUCCCUCUAAAAGUGGUCAACGGUUCCCCUGGCUUCAUCAACUUAUGUGACGCCCUGAAUGCGUGGCAGUUGGUCCGGGAGCUGAAGAGCGCUCUCGGCAUGGCCGCCGCCACGUCCUUUAAGCACGUCAGCCCUGCUGGAGCUGCUGUAGGAGUUCCCCUGACUGAGGAGGAGGCCAGGGUGUGCAUGGUGCAUGACAUGCUGAAAGACCUCACCCCGUUGGCCACCGCUUAUGCCAGGGCGAGAGGUUCUGACAGGAUGUCAUCUUUUGGCGACUUCAUUGCUGUAUCAGACGUGUGCGAUGUCCCCACGGCCAAGAUUAUAUCAAGAGAGGUCUCUGAUGGGAUCAUUGCACCUGGUUAUGAUGAGGAGGCCCUCAGAAUCCUGUCCAAAAAGAAAAAUGGAAACUACUGCGUGCUUCAGAUGGACCCCGACUAUGAGCCUGACGACACUGAAGUGCGAGUGUUGUUUGGACUCUAUCUCAAACAAAAGAGGAACAGCGGGCUUAUCAACAAGGACUUCUUCAGCAAUGUUGUCUCCAAGGGUUCGCUGGCUGAAGCAGCCGUGCGUGACCUUACUGUGGCCACCAUUGCUGUCAAAUACACUCAGUCCAACUCGGUCUGCUACGCCAAAGACGGACAGGUGAUCGGGAUCGGUGCGGGCCAGCAGUCUCGCAUACACUGCACCCGACUGGCAGGCGACAAAGCCGAUAACUGGUGGCUCAGACACCAUCCUCGUGUGCUGAGCAUGAAGUUCCGUAGCGGUGUGAAGCGAGCCGAGAUAGCAAACGCCAUCGAUCAGUAUGUCAGUGAUACUAUUGGAGAGGGCCCAGAUUUUGCCGUGUGGAAAUCCAUGUUCGAGGAGGUUCCUGCGAUGCUGUCAGAGACUGAAAAGAAGAACUGGAUCAGCUCCCUGCAGGCGGUGGCGGUCAGCUCUGAUGCCUUUUUCCCCUUCAGAGAUAACAUUGAUCGUGCCAAACGGAGUGGCGUCGAGUACAUUGCAGCUCCGUCAGGUUCAGCCGCAGACCAGGUUGUCAUCGACGCUUGCAACGAGCACGGCAUCACUCUUGCGCACACCAACACGCGACUCUUUCAUCACUGAGCACAUGUAAUGGCAGCUAAUGCUUCAUAACUCACAAUGCCACGCUUGUACGCCUUUUUGUCUAUCAUCCACCUUUAACUGGCUUAUGAAACUAACAGGUCAAAGUUACUAUCAUUUUGGUAGUGAUGAUUCUGUGUGAAAUAAAGUAACAUUCAAGUAUGAAAUAUGGCAUUCACUCCACCUUUAAACACAAUAAAAAAAAAAGAUUACAGCUGUGAAUUUGGAUCAUUUCAACUUUAUUACA